CAUUGGUAAGAGCUCUCAAUCUCAAAUUCUACAGGAGGAACGGAAGAAUCACUCAACUGCGAAAUCUACUAUUGCUCUAGUAACUAUUUACAUUUGAAUCCAUAGCUGUGCCCAAUUCCGUUUACUCUAAAAACCUCCAUCAAUGAUGAGUCGUGGGGCUUCUCAGGUUUAUUCGCAGGUUUUGGAUCUUUUUAGCCCAUAAAUGUUUAACAUUUAUUUAGACCAUUUAACCACUAUCUAAACUUUCGUUACUAUAUAUUUUUUGCUAUUUGUAUAUUGUUUGCUUCAAGAUAUUAGCACAUUGUCAGGUUCAGAUAGUAUCUUCAAAGUAGCUUUGAUAAAGCUCUCCCAGUUACCUCCUCAAUCUUACUUCUAACAGUAUAAAAUUUCUGAAAUUUGUCUUCUUUGCCCUAUAUGGGAAAUAAAAAGUUGGCCUAUAUUAAUCAUGUAAUAAUAAAUUAAAAUUUUAGUUUGGCCAUUAAGAAGUUUAUUUAACACUAUCUGAUGCUUUCUUUGUACUCGUUUGUUCACUCAAUCCAGAGAAUGUCUUUUGGCCAAUAUUAAUCAUCGCAACAUUAGCCACAGUAGUUGGGAGCCAAGCAAUUAUAUCGGCUACCUUCACCGUAAUCAGCCAGUGUAGGGCAUUGGGGUGCUUUCCUCGCAUUAAGACCAUACACACAUCAAGUCACGUCCAUGGGCAGAUAUAUAUACUGGUGGUGAAUUGGCUUUUGAUGCUUCUUUGUUUAGCCGUCACAAUUGGAUUCAGGGAUACCCAUAUGAUCGGAAAUGCCUAUGUUAUAUGCUUCAUCACUCGGCUAUUAUCUUACCCAUAAGUCCAACUGUAUCAUAUGUAGCUAUCUGUUUGUCUAUGGUGUGAAGCAGAGCUAUUUUCCAGAAAAAUGCAGUUCAUUAGGAUCGUUUUCGAGGAACCUGUCAAAUCCAAAGUUUGAAAAUGGGAUGAUUCUGUUUAGCAUUGACGGUCCCGAUUUUGGUGUUUUUCCUUCUCCUGGAUCAUUAACUUGCAUUAGUUAUGCUACUGCUUUGGUAAAGAAGGAGAUUAAUCUGAAAGAAGUGCUCGAAAGUAAUGAUGAGUUUGAAGUAGGAACCGGUGCUGUUAUUAGCCAAAUUGAAGCUUGUGUAACUCAGUUGUCUAUUAAUCGAGCUGCAAAUUUUGUCAUAGAAGCACCUUCUAGGGAAAUAAAUCUGGCUACAGCUUGUGAAUCUGCUAAUCGCCUUUCACAAUUAUCUUUAGACAAUUGCUUCUUGGAGUUCUCGGUAAAGGUAUGGCGAGUAACAGAGCCACUAGAAGAUAGAAUGGAGAAGGCUUUGUUUAGCCCACCUCUUUCAAAACAGCGGGUUGAAUUCGCCGUUAGACACAUUAAUGAGUCUCAAGCUACCACCUUGGUGGAUUUUGGCUGUGGAUCAGGAAGUCUUCUUGAUUCAUUAAUGGAGCACACAACUUCUCUUGAAAAGAUUGUAGGUGUUGAUAUUUCACGUAAGAGUCUCACCCGUGCAGCAAAGGUGAUUGAGCAUAUGGAAGAGGAUCAAGCAUGGUUAUUCGGAGACAUUGCUCUGAGUUCAUUCUGCCCGAGAAUUCUCAUUGUCUCGACUCCCAACUAUGAAUAUAAUCCCAUUCUUCAAAGAUCUUCGGUGCCCAAUAAAGAAGACGACUUAGAAGACAAAUCAGGACCAUGCAAAUUCCGCAACAACGAUCACAAGUUCGAGUGGACGAGAGCACAAUUUGAGCAUUGGGCUAACAAGCUCGUACUAAGGCAUGACUACAGCGUGGAAUUCAGUGGAGUUGGUGGGUUGGGAAAUGUCGAGCCCGGAUUUGCUUCUCAAAUUGCUGUGUUUAGAAGAAAUAUAUUGAAUCUGGCAUAUGAAGAGUGUGCGAGUAUUGAGAACUUGUAUGGGAAUGGAGCGGUCAGCCGAACCUCUAACUCGAGUGUAUUUGGAUAUUGGUAAUUCUAAUUUGAGCAGCACUAAGGUUACUACC